UUCAUUUUUAUUCUCACAUUUCAUUUCUACUUCUCUCUCCUCCAACCACCUCUUUCUCUCUCCUCAUUUCUCCCCCCCCCCCUCUUUCUCUCUCAUCGCCGGGAUCUCUCUCUUCCCGGCGUUUUUCUCUCUCUCCUCAAUUUUCCACCAAUUUCUAGGGUUUCAUUUUCAAAAUCAAGAACUUCAUCUCCUUCAUUUCAAUCCAAUCGAACUUUUUUUUGAUUUCGAUUUCAGUUUUUCUGGAUCUGGUUCCAUUGAAUUGAGGAAAUUCAAUUCGAUUAAAUUAAACUAGAUUAAAAUUCCGAUGUCAUCGGCAACGAUUACAUCGUCACCUCUUACAUCAUACUGGUGUUACAGAUGCAACAGAUUUGUUAGGGUUUCUUCAAAUCCUUUAUCGAUAAUCUCUUCAAUCUCUUGCCCAGACUGCCAUGGCGGAUUUCUUGAAGAAAUCGAUUCUCCACCUGCACCUCCACCUCCUCUUCCUUCUCACCUAUCUUCCUCCCCUCUUUCCGACUCCCGACGACGUCGUUUUCCUACCGCCGCCAUGUACAUGGUCGGAAACACAAAUUCAACCACAAACAACACAACCAACACAAACUCAAACACAACUUCAUCUCGAGAUUCUCUCUCCUCUAGCCCUAGGCUUCGUCGUAGUAGGCGAAAUGGAGGUGACCGGUCACCGUUUAAUCCGGUAAUCGUGUUGCGGGCCCCGUCGGAGUCGGAAAAUGGUGGUGCUGUAGGUGUUGGAGGUGGUGGUGGUGGUGGUGGAGGGAGUUACGAGCUUUACUAUGAUGAUGGUGGAGGAUCUGGUCUUCGUCCUUUACCUGCUAGUGUAUCUGAGUUUUUGCUUGGUUCUGGUUUUGAUCGUUUAUUGGAUCAGCUUGCUCAGAUUGAGAUUAAUGGGAUUGGUAGAGCAGAACAGCCACCUGCUUCGAAAGCGGCUAUCGAAUCGAUGCCAACGAUUGAGAUCGUUGAGGAUCAUAUUGAAGGAGAGUGUUAUUGUGCUGUUUGUAAAGAGGCAUUUGAGUUGGGUUCAGAAGCAAGAGAAAUGCCAUGUAAGCAUAUUUAUCAUCAUGAUUGUAUUUUGCCUUGGUUGUCUUUGAGAAAUUCUUGCCCAGUUUGUAGGCAUGAGUUGCCUUCUGAUAAUAAUAAUACUAGGGUUGAUCCCAAUUCACCUGACUUCAAUUUGGGUUUAAAUAGUAAUAGUACUACUACUGCUCAAACUAAUAAUGCUCAACCUGGUGGUGGUGGUGGUGGUGGUGGUGGUGGUGGUGGUGUGGUUGAGAGUAAUGAGGAUGAGACUGUUGGGUUGACGAUUUGGAGGUUGCCCGGUGGAGGAUUUGCCGUGGGGCGGUUUUCGGGUGGGAGGAGAGGGGAGAGGGAAUUGCCUGUUGUUUAUACUGAAAUGGAUGGUGGGUUUAAUCAAGGUGGUGUGCCGAGAAGGAUUUCUUGGGGUUCUAGAGGCGGAAGGUCGAGGGAAACUGGCGGAAUUCGAAGGGUUUUCAGGAGUUUGUUCUCUUGUUUUGGUGGGAAUAGGCAUCGAUCCUCGAUGGAGGAUUCAACUAGCUCGAGCUCUGAUUCGAGAGGUGCUAGCCGGAGGAGUCGAUCAACAUCGUUUUUUAGUGCCUCUUCGAGAACACGAAGCAGGGGUUUGGGUAUGGGGAGUCGGAUAAGAAGAUGGUGAUGUUGAAAGUUUGGUUCAAGGGGAUUCAAUGAUGAUAAUUGCCAAUGUGGGGGUUUAGAUUGGGGGCUACUUUUUGUACAUAAAACAUGGGAUUGAAGGAGAGUCAGGAACUGGAUUAGGAGAUGAAGUUAUAUAGGAAAUGAGGGGGAAAAAAAGAGAGGUUGAGAAAGGAGAGGGGGGAGGGGGGGGGGGGGGAAGAAAGUGGAGACCUUGGAGAAGUAUAUUGCAAUUUGGAUUGCAUACUUGGUUAAAUUGUAAUGUCAUGUAAUCCAAUAUAAAUCUGUUUAUUUUCAUCAUUCUGAGGUACCCUUUUUUGAUAAUUUGUAUUUAGUUGCUUAUUACUUAUCAUUGUUUUAUCUUGAAUCAAAUUUUUGUUUAGAAAGAAUCAAGUUAGUUCAAUAAUAUGUUUAAUUGUUUAGAUAUCA